AUGUUCAAACCCACGCCCUCCCUCCAGAAAAUGCUCCGGCGCCUCCCGCUCUCCCCCAAGCAAGCCGGCAAGGAAUACUACAAGGGCAACCGCGUCGGGUCCAUGGGCACAAUCGACCGCUACGGCAACUUCUCACCAGACUGGAGCAAAGUACGGACAUACGUGUAUCCGAUCCACGGCACAAAAAACUCAGAGUUGACACCCUUCGUGGCCGCAAACACAGAGAAAACACGACGAGUAGACACGGGCGACGCUGAAAACUACCCCAAGCGAUUCACAGGCGAGGACUAUCUGAGAGCGUGGAAGACGGCGGGUGGACAUGAUGUUGUCGAGAGUGAAUACGCCGACCGGAGUAGAAAUAUGCCUGUGCCUUUUGAGGAGAGACCCGCGACGAAGUCAUGA